CCUCAAAAAAAGGCAUGAAAAUUAGCAGAUACUGUUUAAGUGGUUUUUCAGUUUCAGAGAAGAUCCUUGAAGAUCUCAAAUUGAAUUUAGAAGAUCUUGAAACUCAGGAGUUUCGAGAACUACAAAAUUAUUAA